AUGAAGUUGGCCGUCUUCAGCGCCAAAUCCUAUGAUCGCACCUAUCUGGAGGAGGUACGCACUCAGCGAUUUCCACACCUGUGUCAAAUUGAGUAUCACGCGUUUGCAUUGUCUGAGGAGACCGUACCCUUGGCCAACGGGUGUGAUGCGGUUUGCGUCUUCGUAAACGACACAUUGGACAGCCGCGUCCUAACUAGCCUCACCACCCAGGGGGUGCGAGCCAUCUUGCUAAGAUGUGCAGGUUUCAACCACGUGGAUCUCCCGACCGCAGAAAAGUUAGGCCUCUUCGUCGCCAACGUUCCUGCCUAUUCGCCGGAAGCGGUGGCGGAGUUUGCAGUCGCCUUGGUGCAGACACUGAAUCGCAAAACCCAUAGAGCCUACAAUCGAGUGCGAGAGGGGAACUUCAAUAUUGAGGGACUUCUAGGCACCACUUUGCACGGCAAGACCGUCGGUAUCGUUGGUGUGGGAAGGAUAGGUCUUGCCACGGCACGUAUCUUCCACGGCUUCGGUUGUAAAAUGCUCGCUCAUGAUCCAUUCGCGGGAGAUGAGUUUGGUCAGUACGGGACCCUUGUUGACCUGGACACAUUGUUGCAGGAAAGCCACAUUGUCAGUCUUCAUUGUCCACUGACCGAAGGCACGCGGCAUCUGAUCAACGAAACCACCCUGGGACAAAUGAGACCCGGGGCGAUGCUGGUCAAUACAUCAAGGGGAGGAUUGAUUGAUACCAAGGCCAUCAUUCAUGCUUUGAAGACCCGUCAUCUAGGGGCCGUCGCACUCGAUGUGUACGAGGCAGAAGGGGAACUGUUUUACAACAAUCAUGAAGGCGAGAUAAUUGAUGACGAUGUGUUGAUGCGCUUAUUGACAUUUCACAACGUUCUGGUCUGUGGGCACCAAGCAUUCUUCACCAACGAAGCCCUGACCGAGAUUGCCGAGGUCACGUUGACAAACUUUUCUGCCUUUGUAGACGGUCUGUCAUGUCCCAAUUCCCUCGUCACAGAGGGGCAUGUCCUCGUCCCUGCAGACACUGCCCCAGUUCGGUUGUAA